AUGGCUCUAGGCGGCGGCCGCCCGGUAAUACAGCGGGCCACCCCCAGUCUGGCCUUGGACGUGCCCUUUCCCUCCCCUACUCGAACCAGAUCUGGCAGAACGAGGCCGCCAAGCACCUUCACCGACACCGACGAGACGGAUUUGAAGCCUGGAGACGGAGAGCAGUUUAUCGAGAAGCAGCGGGAUGGGCAGGACGGGCUGCGGUUCACCUUUGACCCGGAGGGCCGACUAACACACGACGAGACGAGCGUCGACAUCGUCACGGUUCCAUGCCCGGCCGCUCAUCCGCUGCGCAGCUGGAACCGCGAUGGCCUCAUGGGGCGGUAUUUUGGCGCGCCGUCGAUGCGAGAUGCCGAGGUUCGUGAGGCGGAGCGCCAGAACCCGUCGUGGGUGAGGCAGGGUAUCCGACGAGAGGCCAACAGGGCGCGAAUCCUGUUGUACGAGCAUCCGGAGGUUAGCGAAGGGACGACGCUCAACUCGCUGGCGAUUGCGCUGCUGGAUGAGUUGAGGGCGUUGAGGACCCGGGAGAAGCAGCAAGAGAGACCGCUUCUGUUUAUUGGCCACAGCAUUGGAGGGCUGGUGGUCAAGAUGGCGUUGGUCAAGGCCAGUAGGGAUUCGAGAUAUGAGAGCCUCUUGCGCGAGUGUUACGGGGUUGCCUUUUUCGGAACACCGCACCAGGGGUCCAGCUACUUCGCCAUGCCUACCCUGGCGUCGAGCAUCCAGCACCUGCUUCAACUAUCUGUCCCCUUGCCUGUGUCGUUGACAGACGAUCUGCGUAUGGGAAACCAUCUUCUCUUACAUGUGGACGAAGACUUCAAGGUCGUAUCGGACGAUAUCCGUGUGUGGACGUUCUACGAGACAAUCGACUCCCGCCUGUCUGCCAACUCGGGAAACAUCUACUUUACCGCUCCUCUCACGUCCAUCAAGUCUGCUAUUCUCGGAAUGCGGCAGGAACGCAUCUUCCCGCUGCAGAGCGACCAUGCCAACAUUGCUUCGUUUGGGAGACACAACAUGCACACUCUGCGACUGUUCCUACGCCAGCUGGCGGCAAACAUUGAACAGGCGGAUUCCAACGCCAGGGAGGACGCAAGAGGGGGGAAAUGGAUGCUCAACUUGGAGCAAAAGGUGACGGUAGAGGUCCAUGGCUUCUUUGACGAGGCAGGCAUGGAGGAUGGCACCGUGAGGGCUUGGUCCACGAGGUUGCCGCUAAGAGAGUUUAUGAGCAAAGGUCCGGAAGCAUGUCUCAGUGAGAGAUUGAACGAGGUGGAAGUUCCGCCCGAAGAGGGAAGGUUUCUGGCCAUGAGGGGGAGGACUGGUCUGGUCGACAUGGAGGGGCCGCCGGCGCCUGUGACAUUUCCUCCCGAUCCGAUGACUGUGAAGAAUGCUCUUGGAAUCAACCAGGCUGAACACGAACACGAACAUGAACAUGAGCACCGUCCGCCGCUUCACCGAACUUCGGCGCCACCUGCUGUCUUGUCGAUUCCGCCAUCGCCUCUUAUUCUCCCCGUUGACUCCCCUAGAGCAAGGCCGAGGAUGAGCACAGAAUCUGCACCGACAGCAAUGGUUUCUCCGCCUGGUGUUGGGCCCUUGUCGCCUCCUUCUCGACCUAAUUCGCUUCCUCCUCGGCAAUCAACGCCUUUUCGCAAGCCUUCCCCUCUUAUGCGUGCUAGCUUGGACCAGGAGCUUGCCAUUGAUCGUUUAUCACCGCCUUUGAGAGGCAGAGUAGGGAGAUCCUCAUUCAGCCGCUCGAUGAGCCUUGACAGUGACAUGGGCGGUGCGUCCCCCCCUCGAUAUCGCGACUUUCCACCCUUCUCUCAGAGGAGCCGCAGCACAUUCGAUAGAGUUCUCGUGGGAGAGGAGAAUGAUAGUGAAGACGAUGGACUUGAUGCGUCUCCGAAGCUGCCUGAGAGCGUCCUUGAAAUUCGAAAGAUGGCAAAGGAUAAGGGGCAUAGAGCGAGUGAAAACGCCGUUGAGGACGAUGCCCCUCAAACUCCUUUCAUGAAGCCAAUGGUCAAAGCUCGCAAGUUUGUUUGGAUUCAUUUACCAUUUAAUAACCCUACGUGGGUGACUGCUAUUCUCCAAACAUUGCAAGUCUCCUACCAACAAAAUUUUUCUGCUCUGUCGAAUCACGACUUUUGGGUUAGGAGGCAUACACGCGGUAGGCACUCGCAGCAUUAUGCACAUUACGCAAAGCCGGGAUGCUACUUUACGGCGCCUCGAACUUUGUCUCCACGGGGUCAUUCGGUACCGAGCCGCUCUCUUUCCCCGCCCGGCGAAGACGAUCAGAUGUAUGUCUGUCUGUUUCUUCCGUACCUUCACUUUGACUCGUACAAGAGACUCAUCCGCCGGCGUGAACUGAUUGCCAAGCGCCUGGCUCACGGGAGGGCCCGACCCAUUCCUGAAUCUGUAGCCAAGUCGGAUUCCUUGGAGUUGCAGGUCGUAUGGGAGUUUCUGGGACACGAUCCGCCAAUCAAUUGCCGGCGCACGCUUGAUCAGUUUGGGUAUCCAUCGAUAAGGGAUACUCGAUCGCGGGACGAUGACCAGAUGCUGUACAAGUUGACUAAAGAGAGGUACUACGAUGUAGCAGAGUAUCGGGGACUGUAUAACCAGACUUCUGGCAGUGAUCUGGGAUCCGGAGGAAGCAGCAAUAAGAGCGGAAACGGAAGCGGUAGUGGUAGCGGGAAUGCAAGUCAAACAGCUAGCUGGCGGGAGAAGCUAAACAAACAGGCUGAGGAGAAUGGCGAAGAGGAGACUGAAAAGGAUGUGCUGAAUGGAAAUGUGCUGAUGGUCGAUCAGCUAUGGGUCUGGACCAUCUCUACCCAUACCUUGCUCUCAUUCUUCCCCAAAAGGGAGAGUGAUCCUAUCGAGGGGCCACUAUAUCAGCAAGCAGACCUUCGAGACAGCAUCUUCAACGAUGUCAAUGUAGAUUUGACCCGCCUAUGCGACAACUCCCUAGACCUCGCAGCCUUGGCGGCUCUGCAUGCGGUGAGCGUGCUUCUAGACCGGGCUUCUCAUCCUGAUUUGGAAGUCUUCCGGAUAUUUGAAGAAGCUAUAAGCGUUCUGACUGAGAAGCUUACGACAUCACUUAAAGAGUUCCGUUCAGAGGGAUUCCGCGACAAGGCCUUUGAUUAUGAGCCGGUCGAGAACAAAGCUCGCUCAAUUCGGGAGCGCCAUAAAGAGGAGGGACGACGGGCUGAACAGGAGAACAGAGACAACACGUCAGCGCUGCUGGAGCUUCGGGACAUUGAAGACGAACUUGCGACGCUGCUUAGUCUUUUCGAGAGACAGUCCAAAGUAAUUUCAUCGAUGCACACCAUUUACAACCGUCCCGAGAUGCGAGCGCACACAGUCCAUGGAAGAGGAUUCCUCGCUGAAGCGCUGAAGCGGCUGGCAGAGUAUAUCCAUACAACGGAGGAAAUGGUACGUCGGGUCAAGAGCACGCGAGACGAGUACGACAAGCUGCUUCAGAUGGUGCAGCGCCAGGCACAAGUCGACGAAGUCCGGUUAAGUAGGCUGCAUGCGGAUCUCGCCAGCGCACAAAGCCGAAGCGUCCUGAUCUUCACCACAUUUACAGUCAUAUUCCUGCCGUUGCAGUUCUUUACGGGCAUCUUUGGCAUGAAUACGCGCGAGUGGGGAGGGGGGGACAAUUUGCCGCUGCGGACGAUUGGUAUCAUUGGCAUUCCGGCGAGUGUUGCCUUGAUCGUUGGGACGCUCAUCGUUGCGUGGAGCACUACUGCGCGGCGGUUCUUCAAAUGGAUCGGCAGGCAGUAUGGAUAUAUGAUGCGCUGGCUGUAUGCUGUGCUAGGGAGGCCUGUGGCUAGGAAGAUGAUGAAAUAUAUGGCGAGAAGAGGGAAACGGCGGCAGGGCCAAAAGGACGAUCGAGAUGGAAAGGGUGGGCUGAGCACGGAGGCGAGCGAUUUCUGGGAGAGGCAUAGGUUGGAGAGGGAAAGGGGAUAUCAGAUCCCCGAGGUGAACAAGGCGCCGCCAAUGAGCAAGGGGAGGCUGAGGAAGAGCCAGGGGAGGUGA